AUGGGCUCCACGACCUCCUGCGCCGCCGCGCUGGAGGAGCUGGCGAGCACCGCGCCCGCGCUACCGACGCCCUCUGCGGCCACGGCCGUCUCCGCGGUGGUGGCGCUGCUCGACUCCGCCGCUGGCUACGGCGAGGACCUACGCGAGCAUGCCGUCACUGCACUGGCCGCCCUGGCGUCCUCGGACGCCGCGCGGCCUUCCCUGGCGCAGGAGGCCGACGCUGUGGUGCCGCACCUGUGCCGCGCGCUCGAGUCCGGGUCCGGCGCGUCCGCCACGAAGCACGCGUGCACGGCGCUGCUCCCACUAACGGCGUCGUCACGGGACGCGUGCGCGGCCAUGGCCGUGCGCGGCGGGGUGGCGGCGCUCCUGUCCACCUGCGCCGACCGCACCUCGGCGGCGCAGGCCGCGGCGACCGGGGUGCUCCACAACCUCGCAACGUUCCCAGACCUCCUCCCGGCGUUCCGCGAUGAGGGCGGCACGCCACGAAAGAGAAGCACCGGCCAUGGACGCGGAAACCUCACCGCCACCUCAUUGGAAAAGGGUUCGCCACCUCGCCAAGCAAAGGGUUCGCCACCUCGUGGGCAAAGGACGCAGCUUGCUUAG